GACCUAGUCUUACAAUUCUGCCUAUUUAUGGCGACUGAGGAUUUUGCAGAUGGAAACUCAAAGUCGACAAUGCUUGUUUACUUCAGCGCCACAUGCGGACUUACAUCGCCUAUGGGUGCCGACUUUCUCCGCCCGGCUCAAUUCACUAGCAUCCUCUCCAGCCUCAUCUAUUGUACUCGGCUUCUUAUCAUGGAAUCCGUGCUGCCUAGAUUCUCACAUAACUACAUUAAUCUAUUACAAAGGCCUCAGUAUGGGCAACUGGAUAUAUUGAAUGAUAUCCGUAAGAAUAAGAUGUGUGACGGGACGCUAUCGCCACUCGGGGAGUUUAUUAGUUUAGCCUCCUAUGGCCAGUCCCUGCGUCAAUCGGAGGGCCCGACAAUCCAGUUCGAAUGGAGCGACGAUGGUGAGGAGAUAUCAUGGGAUGGGUGCUCUCGAGUUACCAUGGAUGGGUUUCGGACCCUAACCCACAGCGCAAUCCAGGCAGCAACCCGCCAGUGCGAGUGGUUGAUGUAUGACUGGGUGCCACCAAACCGCGAUCUUAAAACACUGCGCGACCGACUAUCGACGGCCACGGUUGGGUAUUCCUUUGUCUCUGACCCGGCCAACGGGAUAGCAAGUGCUUAUUUGGAGCUCCUCAUGAAGGCC